AUGGCAUCCUAUUUGAAGAACGUUGCAAUUAUCGGCGCCAGCGGCAGCAUUGGCAAAAUCAUCCUCGAUGGCCUUGUUGCAUGUUCCCAGUUCGAAGUUACCGUAAUCUCCCGCAAGGAGAGCGAGCCGACUUUCCCACCUGGCACAACCGUUCUCAAGACUGACUACUCAGACGAAGGUCUUGAGGCUGCAUUCAAGGGCAAAGACGUCGUCAUUUCGGCGGUGGGUGCCACUGCAUUUGGCGAACAGAAGAAGUUCGUCAAUGCUGCCAUCCGCGCGGGCGUCAAGCGUUUUAUCCCAUCUGAGUUCUCGGCAAAUAGCCAGAACGAUGCCGUGUUGCAGUUGCUGCCACUUUUCGGACAGAAGAAGGAACUCAUCGAGUACCUCAAGAGUAAGGAGACCGACGGAUUGACCUGGACUGGUAUUGCGUCUUCCGGCUUGUUUGACUGGGGUCUUGCAAAUGGCUUUUUGGGAUUUGAUAUUGCCAGUCAUACGGCUACUAUCUGGGAUGGAGGCAACAAGACUUUCACCCUGACCAAUCAGAAGGCCCUCGGCGAGGCUGUUGCUUCUGUCCUGGUGCAUCCUCGUGAAACCAGAAACCAGUUUCUGUUCAUCGCCUCGGUUGAAACCACUCAGAAGGACAUCCUUGCUGCUUUGGAGGAGGAGUCAGGAGUGAAAUGGACGGUGGACGAGACUACCACCAACAUUCAAGUCACCGAGGCAGUCAAGAAGCUUUCUGUUGGGGACUUUAAUGGUGCUUUUUCUCUGGUUCGAGCCACUGUUUUUGGCAACACCCUGGGUCUCCAUUCAAACUAUGCCAAAGAGGAGAAGCUGGCAAACAAUACGUUGGGGCUUCAAUUAGAAAGCGUCAACGAUGUAGUCAAGCGUGUGCUCAAUGAAUAG